AUGUCACGACAAACUGAUUAUGAUGCUGCCGAUAAUUUUGAAAUUUUAAAUCAGAUAUCGCCGAUAAAAAAUCAAGAACAAUUUGAAUUUAUUGAAGGAAAUGUUUUCAAAACAAUACCAUGUAAAAACAAAUCUCCAUCGCCGAUAAGUUCAAAUCCAAUUCAACAUGUAACUAUUAUCGAAAAAGAAGAACAAAUACCCGUGAAAAUUGAUCAACCAAUAUCUAAUGAAAAUUCUUCAUCAUUAACAAAUACAAAUCAAUUACCAAUUCGAUAUGGUGCAGCAUCAAUGAUUCCACAUGAUGAUGGAUUUGAUUUAAAAUCUAUUCUCGUUAGUAAACCUAGUUUACCUAUUCAAACAAAUGAUUUCAUGAGUAUUAUACAAGAUGACAAAUCUAAAAAGACUUCAUUUAAAGAUAAUACUAUUCAACAAAUACUUAUUAAUAGUAAUCAGGAUCUAAAACAUCUUCUUCAAAGUGCUAAACAAGCUCAACAAGAUUUCAUUGAUGCAAUUCGUCUUGAUUAA